GAUUCUUCUGCUCUCGAUUGGCUUGUGGCCUUAUAAACGAACAAAACUCGUUGAAUUUCAGGCAAUUUUGAAUUUGGCUUUUCUGAUUGGCGGUAUUACAUACCUGUUUGCAACAUUUGCGUUUACAAAAUGCACUCCAGCGCUUGUCAUUAAUGUUCUUUCUAUCGCCUUAGUUGUUAUUAUAUACGCGUUCUCAUACCAUUCUUGUUAUGUUAAUGCUCAUACUAUAAGGUGGUUAAUGUAUAAACUUCAGCAUAUUUAUAACGAUCUGAAAGAUGAGAAUGAGAUCGCUAUUGUAACAAAAUAUGGAAACAUCGCAAAACGUUUCACGGCUAUAAUGAUGUUGUUUGAAGUUUGCUGUGUAAUUACUGUCCUGUUAUUGACGUUUUUACUGCAACUUCUUGAUACUACCUUGCUCGUAGACAAGUCUGAAUCACGUUACGUUAUGCAGAAAGUUAUACCUAAGUACUUCAUUGGGCGAGAAAGCUUUCUAUAUUUAAUAAUUCCGACUUUAUUCGCAUCUGCUUCUAUAGGAGGUACUACUGUAGUAGCAACAGGAACGAUGCUUGUGUCAUAUAUCAAACAUACCUGUGGAAUGUUUAGAAUAGCCAGUUACCGCAUCGAAAAGGCAAUGAUGAUAAACAUGCUGAAGAAUAUUAGCUUGGAAAAUGAGAUUAUAAUUUGUAAGGAAAUUGCCUGUGCUGUCGAUAUUCAUCGCCAAGCUGUCCAUUUUAUUAUGCUCGUAUAUUCCGCUUUUAAAGGAUUACUACUUGGCGUAACAGUAGUUGGUGUAAUUUGUUUGAGCUGCAAUCUUUAUAGAUUAUCUGAAACUAUGUCACGUGACGGCGAGAUCGAGCAAUGUUAUCUGCAUCUUCUAAUUACCAUUGCAAUUUUUAUAAUCUUGUUUGUAUCCAAUUAUGCCGGACAAGAAGUUACCGAUUACAAUAAUCACGUAUUUCUUACCGCAUACACUGUUCGUUGGUACGUAACACCUACGUACAUACAAAAAAUGAUACUGUUUAUCUUGCAAAAUGGCACCAAACCUUUCUGUCCGUCUAUUGGUGGACUGUUUUCAUUCUCCAUCGAACUAUUCGCCACGACAUUCUUUUCUAGUUUACAUUGUAUUCCAGUUAACGAAGGCAUCGUUAUCUUACUUCACCGUUAUAUAUUCUAUGCAACAGUGAAAGUAGAAGUAUUAUCUGACAGCAUUUUACAAUAUGCAAUAUAAUAGAUAAGGUUUAAAACAAGUAAAUAUAUAUGUGAAAUAUA